GAGUACGAUUGAACACCAGUGUGAUGGUGUAUCGUCGCCUUCGAUUUUGACGCAAUUCUUGCUAUUUUUCGAUAGUGUCAAAGAUACGGUACAUCUGCAUCCAUACAUAGGCAACGUGAGGCGAACAGAACAGAACAGAACAGCAGCAUGACGCCAAAAUCGUUCUUACGACCGUCGGAGCGUCCGAAAUACGACCGCUCAGAACAAACGGCAUGCACUUUCCCAGCGAAGAAAACACGCCCUGUCAAGUUCAAAAGAUCAAACCGCAUCAAGCGAUUGCAGCGUGAACGCCAGCGGCACAAGCCGGUGGUCAACAAUUUGCAAUUUCAGCCGCGUUUUGGGACCAAGACCAGGAGCCCAUCGAAGAGAAGGAGCGUGAGCAACCCAUCAUCUCCUGUGCGGUCAGCGCCACCCACGUCACGAAUCUCCUUCCCCCCGGCGACGAAAAUUACCGGGAGAACAAGGGGAAUCAUUCCAGAUGGGCGAUCCCCAGGAAAGAGGGACUCUCAGGUUGUCGGGACCAGGCACGGGAACCACGUCUCACCGAAGAUUCGAUGCACAAUCAGCCCUCCUUCGAAAAAUACGAAAGCUACCCCCGAACAACCAAAGACGACGAMAAUAUCAAAGUUCGCGAAGCAGCAGCAUCCGCAGCAGCGUUUGCAGCUGAAGCAACACGAAGAACAGCAGCAGCAAGAAAUUGAGCAACAACGGCAAAUCGAGCAGGAACACAAGCAGGAACACGAGCAGCAACUCGAGCAGCAACUCGAGCAGCAACUCGAGCAGGAACACGAACAGGAACACAAGCAACAGGAACACGCAGAAGAGGACCUUGCUUCACUCCUGUGCUUGGUGCCGCUCGUCCUUUGCGAAGAAGAUCCCACCAGUGCGGAGCCCUCGGCUACCACAAGCAACUGCGUUGUAUGCAACUGGCCUUGCCUAGUCUUUUUUUGCGUCGAGAAAGCCAUGCUGUGCCACAAGCAGCUCUACCCGAACCAAAAAAACAUCCAGUCAAAACUCCGAAAGAGGGCCUGCAAGGAAGGAAAGCUUCAACGGGUGGUAGUCCUGCCCCUCGGGGAUUCAAACGGCUGCUGUCCCCCGGAAAUCUGCCGGAGGCCUUUGUUCGAUGUCGUGGAAACAGAUCCGGCGUCUCUUUCUGCAUCUGGCGAUGACAAAGCCCACCAGGACGGCUCCCGUUACUGGAAAACAGUGGCAAAGAAACACGGAUCGGUUGUCGAAGGAGGACACAAGGUUAUACGGCUGUUGGAAAAUUUCGAAACAGUCGGAAGCUAUCUGCGAGAUUCCAAGAACCAGAUUCCUCUGCUUGGACCGGAAACCGGCCCGGUACUAGAAAACGCCCUGAUGGAACUGGAGCGUUUGUUCUGUCUAAACGAAGAAGAAGAAGAAAGCGACGAAGAAGAGGACAGCGAUGUCAAUGAAAAGAAGAACCCCAGUGAGGUUGUUCCCUUUGUAUCUUCGCUCGAGAGAGCUGCGGACGACGCAAAAAGCAGCAGACAGGUAGUCAAGUUCCCGCGCUACAGUCCAAAGACGAAAAAAUUCCGUGGAUCCUGUUUACCGGCGACGACGACUGCGAUCGUGUUCCCCCAGGCUGGACCACGCACAAGAACAGCCCCAAUCCAUUGGAACUCCUCGAUCUCGUUCCCUGGACGUGCGAGCGAUGGAAAUCCCUCGAAAACCUCUGGGGAAAAGGAUGCGAACCACCGGGAUGUGGAUGAAGACGCGGUCCCUCAGACGCUGACACAAGCCAAUGAACGAGCCAAUUCCAUUGAGGACGACGGCCGGCCGAAAAAGAAAACUAAGGCCAAAAAGACAAGUAACCAGGAACCAAUUCCAUUCUCGACCGAAAUGGCGAGGAACGAGACAGCGGGUUCGCAACAAACACAGCAAUCUUUUGCAGGUGCUACAAUAGAAGCUCCUAGGAUUCGUAGAGGUAAGAAAAAGACGAAAACUAAAGCUGUAAGAAGAGCAUUAAUCCCAACUCCAACAGUGAUUGAUAGCAAGGGUCGAAUCUCAGUUUCUUCGUGGAUGAGCAUCAAACCACUUCUGGCGCGACUAGGGCACGUCUUUUACGAACGAGACGCAGGGCAAGGAAGCAGGCAAGAGCUGUUUUGUCUGCCCAAUGGUGACCCCCGUACGAACGUGGACGCCAAAGAAGGAACUGACUAUUUCACAGAACGGUCGGGCUAUCGUGCGCACUUGUGUGCCCAUGGCGUCGAGUACAUCGGGGAUUGCAAAACGAAUCCGCCCCUCGAAGAAGAUGAACUGGAACUGAUUGCGUACUGGGUCCGCUUUCACGUUUAUACAACCGAAAAAACUGGUGGAAGAAUGGACGCAAGCAUCAUCGACCUUGAGCUCUCUGGGAAACAAAAGUACAAAAAGUACAUCAAGGUCUUGCAACGGAUCGGUUACCAGUACAAAUCAGGCAUGCUACAAGAUGGUUACGUACCACCCGGUGAGGGCAACAACCAGUGCUUUUCCGAAGAAGAGCUUUGGGAGCAUUUGGGGAGAUAUGGGCUUUCCGAUGCGUGCCAGGUUGAGAUGUUCGAAAGCAUACAGGAACKGGCAGCUCUGGAGAUCCAUAUCAUUCGUAAAUAUCACGGAGUCUAUGGUGAUGAAAUUUUUCAUCACUGCGUCAAGAGAAAUGGCGAUACAUCGGAUGCCAUGGAGAUCGGAGAACACACCCCUCCCGCAAACAAAGAAGCACUUGAGGAAUGCAGUCGUGGACCAGGGUUGAGUGGAGAGGAUGAUAGAAAUAUGUCUAUGUCCCCCAGAAAGCUCAUGGGAGAGGAUAUGGAAAGGGAAGCAAAUUCUGCUGAGGCCAAAGCGAACAGUGAUGUGGUGUCCAACGAAGUUGAUUUCGAAGAUUCCGAAAUGAUCGAUUCUUUGGCUGAGCACCGAUCUGGAGUGGAUUGUAACAGGGCAGUAUCGUCAGAGAAUUUGGUCGAUACUUCAGUGGACACCUCUAUUUUAGAAGCAGCCUCACUAAAGCAACAUGAACAGGUUUGCAACAACGAGUUAUCGACAAAUAAUAUGGUCGACGCUCCAGAGUGCACCACCGCUAUAGGAGACGACGACUCACUGAAGAAACCUGCAGAGGACCAGCUGCCAGAAGUCGUUCGCAACAGGGAAGUAUCGACAGGGAAUUUGGUCGGUGUUUCAGAGCAUACCAAUGUAGAAGAUGCUGCUUCAAUGAAGCAACCUGAAGAACUUGUUAUUGAGGAAGUAACUCUUCAAGGUUCUACUAACGAGCAGAAGCUCAUCUCUUGUCUUCAUAAUAUAACAAGGGACGAAAUCAUUGCUUACGGAAAACUUUCAGAAUCCAUGGCACGUGUCAGGAGUUUCGUAGACCACGUACUGAAGUCGAAAGGCCGGAAGGGAGAUGGACCAGGAUGUUUAAAAUCGCCACUCUUGUACUUAUGUGGCAAUCCCGGCACAGGAAAGACCAUGACGGCAAUGAAAACCUGCGAAAGAGCGAUUGCGGCUCAGAUUGAAAAUAAAAAUGAAUGGGAAAAAGCCCCCGAAAUGUUUCACAUCAGUUGUCCUACCAUGCGGAAUUUCACUUAUGACGCAGGGAUGAAAAAUUUGAUGAAGAAAAUGAAUAUAAAAGCAUCUCAGUUGAAGCGUUCGUCCAACAACGACAAAAAUGCUGCAAAAAUAUUAAUCCUUGACGAAGUUGACCAGCUUCUUGGGCAUAAGGGAACAGAAUCAUUUUUGAAGCAAUUAUCGACCUGGGCUCGCAGUGAAAAUAAUGUAUUGAGCAUUAUCGCAAUUUCGAACUCAGUGUACAACGUGAAGACAAAGCGUUUGAGCAAGGAGUUUGAAAUCGUAAGUAAUUGCGCUUAGCAUCGUAUCUUGUUUCAACUUCGAAGUCGUUUCUUAAAUUAUCUCUUAUUCUAUUUCCAAACAGGGUCUGCACAAGAUUGUGUUUGAAACUUAUCGAAAGGACGAUCUUGUGCGAAUGUCGCAAACUAAAAUAGGCUUUCGGGUUGUUGACAAGAAAGCACACGAAUUUAUUGCUGCGAAGGUCGCCAAUAGCAGCGGGGACGCCCGCCAAUACUUUGCCUUGAUGGAAAAGGCUAUUAUAUCUUGCAAAGACAAGCAAUCGAAAGAAAAGCUGAAGAGUACUCAUACAAAACCAAUCGUCAUGAUUCGGGACGCCAUGCUCGCAAUCAGAGAAACCAAUCGAAAAACUAAGGACACAAUUCAAUCCCUCACUAGCAUCGAGAAGAUGACUUUGUGUGCUGGUGUACAUCUAGCAAGGAAGUAUGAGGGGAAACCGAUCGAAUUGGGAAAGCUGAAAGCACACGUGAGUUGUGCAACUGAGUGUUUGGACGACUUGAGUCUGGAAGACUUUAAAGGAGUUAUCGAGAGACUCAAGGAUAGUGGCCUACUAAAAUUGAAUGACACAUGUCAUAAACCCUUCACCAGUCUGAGUAUGUUUUCCAUUCUCAACCAUCCGAUACAUUUCGAUCUACAGUUGGAAGACGUAGAUAGUGCCCUUGAAGACACCCUGAUGAAAGAGAACUGGUACAAGCGAAUGGUUGAACGGGUUAGUGACCAAAACGUUUAGAAUCAUGGUGGUGACAAUGUUCUUGUAAAUUGUUAAAUUAGAUUUCGUUAA